AUGAUUUCUCAACUCAUUCUUGUGUCGCUCAUGAUCUCCUCGGCAGUCGCCGACUGUCAAUAUCCAGAUAGAUUAAUUGAUGGAUUAUGUUUCACUUUUGUGGAUAUACCAAAGACUUUUUGGGAAGCCGAUGAAUGGUGUUCUUACAAAGCUCCAAAUGCGUGGUCCUACUUGGCACUAGAAGAAAACGAUAUUCAUGCGAUUUGGCUAGCUAAAACUGCUGAAUUAAUGUUUACUUCUAAAUAUUUCUGGAUUGGUGUAUACCGUCCCACUGCCAACGACAAUUUCCGAACAAUUUUGAACCGAUAUCUCACAUACGAACACUUUGGACAGAUCAAUCCAUCAAUGAACUAUGCUGCUGGAAGGACGAGUGAUGGAAAAUGGGUCACUCUACCCCAAGAACAAAAACUUCCAUUUAUUUGUAGCUACAAACCAACCGUAGAAGCUUUGAAAAGGAGGUUGCCAUAG